AUGUGGAUGAAAUCAGCCAUUGUUGAGAGGGAGCUAGGCACCGUAGAGGAAGAGAGGAGACUGCUUAAAGAAGGCGUGAAGCAAUUCCCAUCAUUUUUCAAGCUUUGGUUGAUGCUUGGACAGCUCGAGGAACGGUCAAAGCAUCCGGAACAAGCCAAGAACGCUUAUUCAUCUGGUUUGAAGCACUGUCCCGAGUGCAUACCAUUGUCGCUCUCACUCGCUGAUCUUGAAGAGAAAGUGAAUGGGCUCAACAAAGCCCGGGUAGUUCUCACGAAUGCUAGGAAUAAGAAUCCUAAGGCAGAGGAGCUCUGGCUAGCUGCUAUUCGAGCUGAACUGAGACAUGGCAACAAGAAAGAAGCAGAGCGGUUGAUGUCAAAGGACCUUCAAGUGUCUCCUCAAAGUGGUAUCCUCUUGGCUGCUGACAUCGAGAUGGCGCCUCCAUGUCCUCUCCCGAAAACGAAAAUUAAGGAUGCUUUGAAGAACUGUGUAGAUAAAGCCAGAAAAUGGUUUGAACGGACCGUGACCCUCGACCGGGAUAUUGGCGAUUUCUGGGCCUUGUACUACAAAUUUGAACUUGAACAUGGCUCUAAGGAGAAGCAGAAGGAGGUGAUGAUCAAAUGUGUAGCGUCUGAGCCAAAGCACGGUGAGAAGUGGCAAGCCAUCUCCAAAGCGGUGGAGAAUGCAUACGAGCCUGUUGAAGUCAUCUUGAAGCGAGUUGCGAUUGCAUUGAGCAGGGAAGAGCAUAACAAACUCUAA